AUGCACAAGCGACAAAGAAAACCUACAGAUGAAAGCACAGAGUUUAAUGCUAAUAACAUUGCCCCAGUUGCUGCACGAAGCGGUUCUCAUGGAAUGUUUGAUGCUGGUGUAAUGCCAUCUGUUAAAUUCAAGCUUUCGUCUGGCGGUAGCAAUGAAAUCAAUGAAGUUACAUCAACAAAGGGCAAGCAGGUAACGAUCAGGGCAGACACUAAUUUUAUUGAUCGAUGUACGGAGGCAAGACAAGCAGCAGUACCCAUGUCUGUGGCGAAUGGUGUAGGACAAGGACUAGAACAGUCUGGUUGUCGGAGACAGCUAGGGCACACAUUAAAGCCCGUCGAUGUCUCAGACAAGUUAGUGGAUAGUGUAAACAUAAACGAGUUCGAUGUAUUGGUAAACUCGGCACAUGUGUUAGAUGAUAAGCAGCCUAACAGCAGCAGCAAGUCUUGCCAGUUCAAAGGUUUUCAGACUGGAUCUGGAAAGAAGAUUCCGGUCUCGGCAUCAUCGAUGGCUAAAGCUAAGCAGUUAAUAGAGAGUGUGGAUAACACCUUCCAGUCAUUAGAACUGAACGCAAAACUCAAUUAUAACAAGAAAUCCACAAAUGAGAUUGAAAAAGCUGUUGUUACAUCAGAAAUUGACUCACCGGGAGGCUUCUGUGGUAAAUUUGAGGGGUUUAAGACUGUUUCAGGGAAGCCAAUCACAGUUUCUUCCAGCUCAAUGGCUAAAGCUAAAUCCAUUUUUAAGUCAAUAAAACUCAGUGAUAGUGGUAUUUUUAGUGAAGAAUCUGAUCACGAAGUGUACAUAGGUAAUUCGACGAAGCAAGUUGAUCAAGUUGGUUGUGGUACAAGAAAGUCUGCUAUGAAGCAAAUUCUAUCAGACGGUGUAGACACGUCUGAGGGCAAAGGCAAAGUCACGAAGAAUGUAGGACAUAAAGCUGUUUCUGAAGGUUUUCAAAAAUCAUCAUUUCAAACAGCUGGCGGUAAAUCAUUGCUUGUGUCUACCAGAUUGUUGGAAAAGGCAAAGAAACUUGUAGAAGAUGUUGCUGGGGAUGCUAGUGAGUUUGAUGUGACAAAAGAACAAGACGUAUCGCCUAACCUGUCAGAUGCUGAAGCUAAAGAACUGGCUGAAGCUUGCAUAGCUGAUGAAGCGAAGUCACAAGAGGUUGAGACUAGUCGUUGUGAUUCAACAAUCUUAUCUAAUGGCUUGGACUUGAGCUUGUUCACACAGAAAACAUCAUGGGAGAUACAAGAGAGUGUGAAAGCAUUAUUACGUAGCAACAGUCAAGACAGCGAUCAAGACAGUGAUCAUGCAAUACAAGACAGAUCAGAACACAGAGAGGCAAUUCACGCUUCUCAUGCAUUUCUAGAAAUAAGUGAGUCUGUGUUUGGUGACAAGAGAGAUGGUGGCAUUGACCAUUCUAAUUGCAGUCUUCGUAUGUGUGAACCCGUAGAGAACAACAUGCAUGAGGAUUCACUGACAGACUCUCUGUUUCAAGAUACUGCACUUGAUCCUUCAAUUAGUCAAGUAACCUUUAUAUCAAAUGAGGUGGUGCAGAAACAACCAGACAAUAACUGUAGAAGCAAAACAGAAUCAGAGUCAUCAGAGCAAUUAGUUGACAAAAAUCAAGGUAUAAACACAGUCCUUGAUGACAGUGUGUUUAACAAAGCAUUAGUAUCAGAGCAGCUUUUAACAUCAGAUGGUGACAACAACAGACAUCAUGUAGAGGAAGACUCUGAGAUGACAAAGCAUCUUCAUUCUGUGUUUGAGACAGAGUCGGGCGAAGGUGUUGAUGGGACAAAGUCAACACUUCAAGUAGCCAGACAACAGGUUGAUAAAGACUGCAGCUCAGGUGCUACAAAUUUGUCUCACAAUUACUUACAUCAUUCCCAUAGCUCUGUAGUAUCUAGUCAGUCUGGCAACUGGAGUGCACCUUCACUUCCUUGUUUUACAACAGCUGCAGGGAAACAAGUGGACGUAUCUGAUGAAGCAUUAUGCAAAGCUAAGGCGAUGCUUAGUGAAACUUUGUUUGAUAACACGAGGAACUGUGGUAGAUCGUGCGGUGUCGACACUACUGUACCAGGCAGGAUGUUUACAGGCUUUCAAACUGCUUCAGGCCAGAAUGUCAGUGUGUCAGAGCAAGCUGUUGAUAGUGUAAAAUGUCGUUCAAGUUCAAAACAAUGUUCUAGUUCAAAACAAUGUACAUUUGCGGGUUUUCAAACUGCAUCCGGUCGAAAUGUAGCCAUCUCUGAGGAGGCACUGCAACAUGCUAAGAAGAUAUUCAGUGAUGAUGAGAACACAGCUACUUGUAUUGGUGCUCCUCCACAAUCUGUUGAUAUGUCAACAGUAGAACAUCACGGUCAGUUGGAUAGUAUACGGCAAAGCAGGACAUGCAUGAAGGUUUCAUCUAACACAAACGAUGCUGUGGUUCCGCAGAUUGGAUUUCAAACUGCAGCUGGUACGGUUGUGUCAGUUUCUGAAAAUGCUGUUCAAGCAGCAAAGCGUUUAUUGAACAAUGAUCAAAGAAUGGAACCUCACAAAAUGCUUUAUGACCAGUCCAUUUCUCAUCCAGUUAUUCCACUUAUAUCUCAACACAAAGCAACAAGACAGCAGACAGACAGAUCCUCUACAUUACUAGGCAAUUCAAUCACAAGCGAUUGUUGCAGUAAGACUCUUUUUUGUCAUAAUACUUUGAAACCACUACUAACUUCUCAGCAAGCAGUAGCUAAUGACUGUAGGACACAGUUGGGUGCGGUAGGAAGAAGACCAGUACAUUCAGUGUCACAGAGAGAUGGUCUCAAUAACAACUUCAGGUAUUCUAAUAAGCAGAAUCCUUCUUUCACAUGGAACACCAAACCACCAAUAACAUCUCAAGACACUGCUCUAUCUUACUCUCCAUUCACUUAUUCUUCAGUUGCAUCAUCAAGAGAACAAACGAUGAGAAGUAGGUAUCAUACACCCUUCUUCAGAAGUCAUGCACAUGUCAACAACUACAAUCAGCAAACGAACUUCACUAAUGAGCAUAGUAGACAAGCCAUGCUGAAAUCUACUUUUAAGACACCAUACAAGAACAAGGAUGAGCCGAUCGUUUCUCGUAUUGUCACACCUACUGAUUUGACAUCAUGCCAAACCAAAACGCCUCACCGAAGCUCGUGCUCUGUGCCAGUCAGCGUGAAGUUGAAUGUUGGUGUGGAGAGUGAAACACAUACUGACAGGAAGGUCGCAUUACAGACAGAACAGGAGUCAAAGGCAGAUGUGGUGAAAGCAGACACUCCCACUUUGACAACAGAGCAAUCUCCUCCUAAUGCAGUUGUAAAGCCUUGUGUUGGAUACUGGCUCCAGAGACGGUUAGACAAUGCUGAUCGUCUGUUGUCACUUAGGAGUUUGGCAAGAGGCCAAUCGUUAAAGACAUACAGCAGAGACCAACUUCUACAGCUUGGUGUUCACCAGGAAGUUCUGACUGUAACAAGCUUGACUGCUUGUGACUUCAAAUUUAAUGGACAAGCUCAUUUCAGUAGAAUGGCACUAACAGGUGACCACACAGUUCGAUUACGAGAUGGCGGACAAUUUCGGUUGGACAACAGUGGAAUGGCCGGUGUGAAUCAAUUUAUCAAACUGAUGUCUAGUACUCCAGGUGUAGAUACAAGGCUUAUCAAUGACAAGUGGAUUCAUAACCAUUAUCGAUGGAUAGUUUGGAAACUGGCGGCUAUGGAAGUUGCCUUUCCAUCUUUACUAGCAGGACGUUGUUUGACGCCGGAGUGUGUUGCUUCACAGCUAAAGUAUCGCUACGACAGAGAAGUUGACAGGAGCGAAAGAUCUUGCUUGAAAAAGAUUUUUGAACGAGAUGAUGUUUCGUCUCGUCUCAUGGUACUUUGUGUAGCUAAAAUAGAGAGGCAAAUGAUAGAUGAUGCAUUGACGGCCGUCAAGACCAGAUUGGACGUCAAAUCAAGGAAAGUGUGUGACAAGAAUGGCAGCGUAGACUUGGUUGAAACGGAUAAGUCUUCAGUUGUUAUUGAACUGACUGACGGCUGGUACAGUAUACCGGCAGAGUUCGAUGAGCCACUUUUAUAUCUAGUGAAGCGUGGAAAGAUAGCUGUUGGCAGUAAACUGUGCAUGUAUGGUGCUGAUCUAUGUGGUCUGACUGAUGGAUGUCUUCCUCUAGAGGCUCCAGCUUCUGUCUUUCUUCGGGUUCAUGCCAAUUCAACUAGACGAGCUGUGUGGUAUGCAAAGCUUGGUUAUCAGUCUUGCAGCAAGGCGUUUCCUGUGCCUCUGUCAUCUAUCUACUCUCGUGGGGGAUCGGUUGGCUGCGUCGAUGUUAUUAUUCAACGGAAAUAUCCUCUUCAGUGGAUGGAAAGAACAAAUGGAAGUUGUGUUUUUCGCACAACUCGAGCUGAGGAAAAAGUUGCGAAAAGACAUGAUGAGCUCAAGCAGAGAUGUUGGGAAGCUGCAUGUGAACGUUUGGAAAAGGACAUGGAGAAUAAAUGGAAACAAGAUUGUGGAAGUGCAAGGAAACGAGGUGCUUUGUCAAGUGAAGCUAUUGCUAGUUUGGAGACCGGAGAAGACAUUGAUGAUGCUCUACAGCAAGCAUCUGAUCCUGUGACUGUAAAGGCUGCUUUGAGUACAUGUCAGUUGAAAACUUUGGAAAAAUAUAGACAACGGAUUGCAGAGAGUAAACACGGCCAACUACAGAAGGCCGUUAACGAAGCGUUAGCUGAAGAUGGCAAUAAUUGGAAAGAUCGAAGUGUAGUUGCUGUUUUGAGGUUGCGAGUUUCUUGUUGUCUUUGUAAGAGUGAAGAUGCUGCUAAGGACCAUACAGUUUUGUUAAGUGUUUGGCGGCCAUCUGAAGAAUUGAUUGAAAUGCUUGCAGAAAGGAAGUGUUUUAGAAUAUUCAAUCUGAAGGCAUCAUCUCCUCGGUUUUCUGCUGGCAAUGAAAAGACACAGCUCUCCACUAGUUGUGCUACACGCUAUCAGGAAAUAGAAGACAUCAGUGGAGUAAAUAGCAGAAUAUUUUAUCCACGAAAGGUGGUUCUAUUGUCUGAUCUUGUUUUACACCAUUCUUACUUUCAUCCAUCAUUCCAAGAGUUUGAUACAGUGGGUGUAGUAGUUUCUAUUGAAUCAUCCGUGAGAGACCCAUGGAACCAAUGGAGAUCGACCAAGCCACCUUGUGUGGUGGACAUUGUGUGUCUUGCAGACGAGGAACAACAUCUCUUGGCUGUCAAAUUUUGUGGUGGCAUCUUUCAUCUAGCUGUAGAUUGCAUUGUCCACCGUAAAGCUGUUGUGGCGAUGGCUAACCUGAGAUGGUGCGAAAGCAAUGUUGCAGUUGGAGGAGGAAUGCCAAGUGCUAUAGCAAAUGAACUGACUUUUGUCUCAUCAUGUCCAAAGGAGAAAUACUUACAGAUUGCUAUUGAAGGACUACGUUCUCGAUUGCCGGCUAAUUUGGAUGAACUUGUUUGUUCCAUUGAUGGAAGACUAUCCCGAUCAUCAUUGUACAAUCAGACCAGCAUAAAUCAUUCUAUUCGUCACGAUGAAAUGGAUGCAGACCCAGAAAUUGAACAGUGGGCGAUGACAGCUGAUCUUCAGGAAUCAUUACAGAAAGUUGAUUCUGUGAAUAGUCAGAAUUUAAAGCAGAGAGGCUACAGUUUACUGGACCGAAUGGCAUCUCCGCCACCCCUGGCUUCGCUGCCUGCUUCUCCAUCCAGUGCUGUUUGUCAAGAGUUUAAAGCACCUCAAAAGUUAUCUCAGUGAAUGAGUAAUUUAUUUAAUGUUCUUGGAGUUGUCCUUUGUAGUGUUGUUUGAUAUAGAAGGCAGAUAAAUACAGGCCAGAA